GCAGGGCCAGGAAGACGGUCCGUUUAAUCCACAUCCCGUGUUAAACUGAACCUGGACCUGGUCCCAGCAGGUCUCCGCAGCGCAGCACCCGGUGGACGUUAGAGGAACUGCAGGCCGUCCUGACUGUUUCUUCUUCUUCUCUGUUUUUCUCUGCAGCCCAAACCCACCAAAGGCCGGAUGCGGAUCCACUGUCUGGAGAACGUGGACAAGGCUCUGCAGUUCCUGAAGGAGCAGAGGGUCCACCUGGAGAACAUGGGCUCCCACGACAUCGUGGACGGGAACCACCGCCUGACGCUGGGCCUCAUCUGGACCAUCAUCCUCCGCUUCCAGAUUCAGGACAUCAGUGUGGAGACUGAAGACAACAAAGAAAAGAGAUCAGCCAAAGACGCUCUGCUGCUGUGGUGUCAGAUGAAGACGGCAGGGUAUCCAAACGUGAACAUCCACAACUUCUCCACCAGCUGGAGAGACGGCAUGGCCUUCAACGCUCUCAUCCACAAACACAGGUAACACCAUCAGCAGCAGCAUCGUCAUCCACAAACACAGGUAACACCACCAUCAUCCUCAAAUACAAGUAACAUCAUCGUCAUCCACAAACACA